UUUCUUCUCAGUUUCUCUGAAUCAGUGAUCGGACUGGAGCUCACACACAGUCAGCUGCUGCUGAAACACUGAAAUCAUGAAAUCCCGCUGAUCGAAAUCACUGCGGAUACAAUCACUCUCAUUGACAACCAUGAAGAAAUCAUCGCUCAAUUUCCUGAGUCGGAAGAAUCAAUCUCUAUUCGACACCAAUGUGGAAUACAAGGACAUGGGUAAAGUGGAGCUGGUGUUGGACUCGGCUGCCAUCCCAGAGUCUGGAACAGCCAAAGUGCGCUCGCGUCCGACUGUCAAACACUUUGCGUCGACUGAGAAUAUGCAAGGCUUUGCAGUUCCAACUCCCAAGGUACCGGUUCUUCCGCCCUUCAUUGAGCCCAAGAUGAACGGUACAGGAAGUACCACCAACCUUGCAAAUGGAAGGAUGCUUUCAGUCCCUGACCUAAUCGAGGGGGAAAUACUAAUACCGCCUCCGCCUAGCUCUGCUCCUCCACCACCUCCAUCCUCUGCAGCCCCACCUCCUCCAUCAUUCGUCCCACCCCAACCACAGUACUUUGCCGAAACGGACUCUUCUUUUGACCAUGCACGCCUGCAUACCCUUCCAAUGGCACCUCGAAAACCGGCAUCACUUACCGGUUCUGAUUACAGCGCUGAUUUGGACCUUGCCUCGCUUAAACCUCCUCCAAUGCCUCCUCCUAAACCUCCAUCUGAAACUUCUAGUUUCAGAGGUUCCCUCUCUAGCCUAGAUGUCCAAGAUAUUCCAGAAUGCCCCAAGUUCACCCCACCGCCACCCCCUAUGAAGGCAUCACCUGUUCUUGCCAAAGCUCAGAAAACAGCACCUCCAAAACCCGUCCGAAUGUCCUCCAUACCCAAUCUGGACAUCCAGUCCCAAACUCCUGUGCAACCCAUUGCAUCUAACCCAACACCAUCUAGCUUCAACCCCCAGAACACCGCCAAACUCUACAACGUGCAGAAGGGUGCACUACUUGUUGCACAGACAGAUGGGGACAAAAAAGCCCAGUCCAUUUUGCUGCUGGAAGAUUCGGCUGGAAACACGGUUGGUGUUGUCAAUGGGAACGGUGGGAAAAAUACUGGAUCUUUCCAACCAGCGGUGGCACCAACAAAACCAGCUCGUCGGAACAGCUCCGCCACUCAGCUACUCGAUGACCAGCCAGAAAUGGCACAAGCACCAAGUGAACCAGUUAAGUUAGAGCCCAAAAUCAAUCCUGAGCCUGUAACACCACAAACCAUCCCUACUGAGGUGCCAGCACCAAUCAGAUUCUCACCCAAAAUAGAGAAAAGGAUACCUGACGUUUGGCCACCAGUGGAGUCCCCUGGCAGGCCUCGCAGGUACAGCCCCAACUUGAACCGGCAUCCCAACACACGGGCUGCAGAUGGCUCAGUAAAGAAAGAGGCCUCAACCUCACCUUUCGCCUUGCUGAUGGCUGCAAAGGAAAGAGAAAAGCAGAGAACUGCUCUGUCCCAACAGAACAGCAACUCGACAGAGCCAGUCAAUUCUGUGAUCCAACCGAAUGUGGAAAAACCAAACUCCUUCACUGUCAUUCCUCGAGACCCAACACCGGACAGUCCAAGCGCACAAUUAAAAUCAACCACAAACACACAACCACUCAAAGUGGACAUUCCAGAUGCGUCCUACUCAAAGCUGGAGCUAAGCUCAAGCCAUCUACGAAGCCCAGUGAACCACUCUGUUAGUGGUCCAGGUGUCCCUGUUGGAGAAGACUUGGUGUUCAUUCCUCCACCUCCUGAAUUUGCCAACUCGGACUCUGAGGAGGAACCUCCAGUUCCUCCGCCAAGUCACCCCGCUCCUGCUCCCCCUGUAAAAAGUGCCCCUCCACCUGCUAAAACCUUCUUGCCUUCUACACCUGCUCCAAUUACCAACAGUGCUCCACCAAGUCACCCCGCUCCUGCUCCCCCUGUAAAAAAUGCCCCUCCACCUGCUAAAACCUUCUUGCCUGCUACCCCUGCUCCAAUUAUCAACAGUGCCCCACCAAGUCACCCCGCUCCUGCUCCCCCUGUGAAAAGUUCCCCUCCUCCUGCUAAAACCUUCUUGCCUGCUACCCCUGCUCCAGUUACCAACAGUGCUCCACCAAGUCACCCGGCUCCUGCUAACCCUGUAAAACCUACCCCUCCACCUUCUAAACCCUUUAUCACACCAAUCACCAUUGGCCACCCUCCUCCUGUUUCUCCAACCGCCAAACCCUCCGUACCUGCGACACCUCCUCCUGUCACCAAUGGCGCCCCCAUUUCCCCCAAACCUAAACCACCCAGCUUUCCUCCCAAGGCUCCAGUGCUUCCCCCAAAUAUACAGUUCCAAUCCAAACCACCCGUUCAGACUAAACCCACUCAACCCCCUGCACAAGUGGCUCCAUCUGUUUCCGCUAGCCAGGCGACACUUCUCAGUAUCCUGCAGAAGAAGAUGCUAGAGAUGGACCCUAAGUUCUCAGCUGUCAAGGAGGCGGAGACCAACGGAGAUGACUGGAACUCUCCACUGUCUGAUGACGAGGCCACGUCGCCCCCUGCCACAUACAAACCGGCUAUGGCUAUGACAAACCGGAGUGCCACCUUGCCGUCACAAACUCGUGGACUGGACAUGAAGGAGCUGGAAACCAAAGCGGCCAGAAAAGCUCAAAGUUUGGCCACUACGGCUAAAACCCAGAACAGUAAUGGACCAUCAAACAAACAGCAGUUUGGAAUGACAUUCACCGUGAGACCAGGAGCCAAACAACCGAUAACACCUGUUAUCAAAGAUGGUUCAUCCUGAUCCAGAGAACAUUCCUAACUGGAAUAACCCCUUACUUGUACAUAUGCACCUACCUGAAAGACACUUAACGUUUUGCACCUGGUCUGGAGCUUUGCUAAAGUAUUACUCUAACUUUCUACCUGGACGCUUCUUCAGCUGUCAGUAUGUUCAGGUUGUGCCAAACUCUUACAACCACAGCUUUAUCACGGACUUUCUAAAGCUGCUAAAAAAUCAAUCAAUGGACCAACUGUGCCUGUAUAUGGAGCUAACUUUUAAUUUAAUUCCUUUAAAUCAUUUGCUUAUUCAAGUUUCUAAUCAGUUGUUUAAUCAGGUUAAAAAUUAAGAACACAAGUUCUUAAUUGUGAUGUCUACAUAAUAUUUUUGAAUUUCUUUAAUCAUUAAUGUACAAAAUUAAUCUAUAGCUCUCUGUAUGAGAGCUGCUUUCGAAUGGUGCUGGACUUUUUUUCCAGGUCAAAACAUAAUGUAUUUUUAUGAACUUAUUGAAAAAAAAAAAAAAAAAAAAAAAAAGUAUAAAAUAAGUCUUAAAAUUUGAUCAAGAUGCUGUUAUAUAUGGUUUCAAAGCCGAUGGUUCUUCGAAAUGAAGAAAAAUCUUUUAUCUUUUGCUGCUUUUCAUAGUUUUUUUUUUUUUUAUCUU